AUGGCAAUCAUUUUUGCUGUGAGGACCCUCCUCAUUGGGGGGGAAUUCCAGCCUAUGAUGAGCUCUGAGGGUCCAAACGAGGGAUGGACUGGUAUACUACUGGGAUCUUCAGAAAGCGAAAGCGCAGGCACGUCGUCCUCCGUUAACCAACAAGGGGCACGUCCUGCGCCUGCCCAAAAUGAAGUAGCUCCCCCUGUCGUCCCCUAUCCUUAUCCUGAAAAUGAAAUAAUAGGGGGUGACAGUGUUGAAGCCAUUGAGCGGAGGCUUUUGGGGAGAUUCCCCUCUCCUUCGGCCCAUGACAUUCAAAUGGCCCGGAUUCAAGCCGAAGACCUAUUCGAGGUCAAAGUGGAUAUCAUCCGGCGGAUGACAUCCCUUGAUCCCGAGUGUUGA